AUGAUGGAAGUACUUGGCGCCGCCGUGGUCGUUUUGUUGAAAUGGCCAGUCUUCAUUCCGUUAAUGGCGCUGGCCGCUUAUUUCGUCUUCAAGAACCACAGGAGGACUCAGCAUUCGGUGAGUUAUCAAAAUUAAUUUUUUUAUGUUUUAAAAAUAAGUUUUUUAAAAUUUUAAAAAUAAGAAAACUUUAGGUAACAACUUAUUUUUGGGCAAAAAAAUUUUGAAUUUAAGAUUUGAAACGCAAGUUUAAAUGAAAAUUUUAAAUUUCUUAUUAAAGUUUUAAGAUUUUUUUUAAAACUUGUCAUUUUUAUAGCUUGUAAAGAAAGUUCUUGCCAUUUUUAUUCUGUAACUAAAGUUUUUGCCAUUUUAUAUUCUGUACAAAAAGUUCUUACUAGUUCGAGCCUUGUAAAAAAAAGUUUACGCUUUGGAAAGAAAGUUCUUGCUAUUUUAUAUUUUGUAAAGAAAGUUCUUGCCAUUUUCUAUUGCGUAAAGAAAGUUCUUGUUAGUUUAAACUUUGUAAAGAAAGUUUUUGCUAUUUUAUAUUUUGUAAAGAAAGUUCUUGCCAUUUUAUGUAUUAUAAAGAAAGUUCUUGCCAUUUUAUGCUCUGUAGACAAAGUUCGUGCUAUUUUAUAUUCUGUAAAGAAAGUUUCUAUUGUUUAAAGUCUUGUAAAGAAAGUUUUUGCCAUUUUAUGGUAUGUAAAGAAAGUUCUUGCCAUUUUAUAGCUUGUAAAGAAAGUUCUUGCCAUUUUCUAUUGUAUAAUUUUUUGCCAUUUCACGUUUUGUAAAGAAAGUUAUUGCGAUUUAAUAUUUUUGAAGUAAAAUUUCAAAAAUUUUUAAUUAAAUAAAUUAAAUUUUCAAAUUUUCAGGCCGACAAGUUCUUUAUGGACUUCAAAGUCGGAGGUCAUAGAGGGUCGCCCAAGCUUGAGCCAGAGAACACUAUUCCAUCAUUUGAAUUGGCUAAGAAGGAAGGCGCUGAUCUGAUCGAAUUCGAUGUUUCAUUGACCAAAGACGGUGUGGCAGUACUGCUACACGAUGAUACUCUGGACCGUACCACCAAUGUGACAGGCCUGAUUCGAGAUUACGAACAUUGCGAGCUGAAGAAGGUGAAUUGUGCUGCCAAAUUUAAGGCAGAGAACAAUAAUAAUGGCACUAGUGAGACUCAUAUGCCUACGAUGGAAGAGCUGGUCCAGUGGGCCAAGGGAAACAAUAUGAAAAUGUUGUUUGAUGUUAAGGAUGCUGAUCAAAUCCUGGUUGAUCAGUUGGAAGAUAUCUUUGCUCGGUAAGGGAAAGGAUAGGGUAGGGAAAGGUUGGGUAGAUUAGGAUCAGGUACGGUAGGGAGAGUAAGAGAGACUAAGGCUAGGUAGAGGAGGGCAGGUUCAGUCCGGAAACGUAAGGUCAGGUAUUGUUAGGGAGAGUAAGGAUAGGAAGGGCGAGUAGAAGUAGGGUAGGGUAGGGUAGAGUAGGGUAGGGUAGGGUAGGGUAGGGUAGGGUAGGGUAGGGUAGGGUAGGGUAGGGUAGGGUAGGGUAGGGUAGGGUAGGGUAGGGUAAGGUACGGUACAUUAGGGUAGGGUAAAAUUCAAGAAUUCAACUUUCUGAACUUAAUAACCGUGUUAAUUUUUUAGCUACGACAUUUACCAUCUAGCCAUCGUAUGUUCCUUCUUCCCCACAGUCGUCUACCGACUAAAACGUCAUUCGCCAAAGAUAUUGACCGGUCAAACCUGGCGCCGUUGGUUUUUCUCAUACAAGGAUUUGGACGCCACGGAGCCGAGAUUUGUUGGUCCAAGACUUAUGUUAGCCAUGUUGGUGGAUGUGCUGUAUACCUGGUCGUUGUUAACAUGGUUACCAUCGUUUUUGGGAGUGGAUAUGAUGCUGACUGAGAGGAGGGAUAUCUCAUCGUAAGUUUUUGAAAAUUUUGAAAAAAAAAACUUCAAAGUUUUAAAAAUAAAAAAAAAUUUUUUGAAAUUUGUAAGAAUGGUCAAAAAUGACAUUUUUUGCUCAAAAACGAGUUUUAAGUAUCAAAAAAGUUACGUCGUUUUUUACUAUUUGAAUACGUAUAAAUCGACGACAAGACUUUUUUUGGUUCUAUAAAAUGACUUUUGUUAUCCAAUUUUUUUUAAAAAUAAUAUUUAUCUUAAUCAAAAUUCUCAUUUUAUACCUAAAAACCUAAUUUUAAUACCUAAGUUUGCAGGACCUUUGUAAAACAACAAUGGCUAGCUGGUCGCCGUGUCUGUGCCUGGACUGUCAACGACUUGAGCGAAGCCGUCUGGAUGCGUCGUGUCCUCAACAUACCUAUCCUGACCGACCUUCCAGCAAUGUGCAAGAAUUUACAUUAG